UUCACGCCGACUGACGCAUCAGUUUCAUCCCGUCUGUAAACAACAAACACCGACGAAAGUUAUUAUGCCUCAGCUAAUAACUUAUGAUCCCGUUAAUACUGAAGCACAGCAGCCUCUGAUCUGAGAUCAUCAGCAGUUAAAGAGGUUUAAUCCAGAAUGCUGGAGACUGUGACUGAUGGGGGAAGUUUGCUCCAUUAUGCCAAUACCAGUGUGUUUCCCACCGCGGACAACAGCUCUGAAUUCAACCCUGACCAUGAGAACAACAUCACCAAACCACACAGAUGCCUGCAGAUCCUGUACGACGACAUCGGACACUCAAGGGUUCGUUACUGGGACGUGAUGCUGCUCGUCCCAAACGUGGCUUUCCUGGUCUUCCUGAUGUGGAAGCUUCCUUCUGCUCGCGCUAAGAUCCGUCUGACCUCCAGCCCCAUAUUCGUGGCCUUUUAUAUCCUGGUGUUCGUGGUGGCGGCUGUAGGAAUCACACGUGCCAUCGUCUCCAUGACCGUCAGCACAUCCAGCGCCGCCACACUCAUAGACAAGGUGCUUUGGGAAAUUACUCGGUUCUUUUUAUUGGCUAUUGAGCUCAGCGUCAUCAUACUCGGACUGGCUUUUGGCCAUCUGGAGAGCAAGUCCAGCAUCAAGCGUGUGUUGGCCAUCACUGCGGUGCUGUCUCUGGCCUACUCCAUCACACAGGGGACUCUGGAGAUUCGUUUCCCGGACAAACAUCUCUCCGCUAAAGACUUCAACAUCUACGGCCACGGCGGGAGGCACUUCUGGUUGGCCAGUUCCUGUUUCUUUUUCCUGGUGUAUUCCCUGAUAGUCAUCCUACCUAAGACUCCAGUCAGAGAGAGGAUCUCGUUGCCAUCGAAGAGGAGUUUUUACGUGUACGCUGCCAUCCUGUCCCUGCUCAAUCUGGUUCAGGGUUUGGGAAGCGCGCUGCUCUGUGCCGACAUCAUCGAAGGCCUGUGCUGUGUGGAUGUGACCACAUUCCUGUACUUCUCCGUCUUUGCUCCUCUGAUCUAUGUGACGUUCCUCAAAGGAUUCUUUGGUUCCGAGCCCAAAAUCCUCUUCUCCUACAAGUCACAAAUCGAUGAGCCGGAAGACUCAGACGUUCACCUGCCCAACACCUCGUCCUCGGGUCUGGGCCGGAAAGAUCUGGAUCACGGCUCGUACUCCAGCACGCAGAUCGACGGCUCCGGAGCGUAUCUGGACGACGUGGUGUCGGGGCCCUUCAGCGGAGGACACAGCAUCAACAGCAUCGACAGCGACCGCUGGAGGGCCCUCAACGCCUGAACACGCUUUAACACUGACCUGCACCAUGCUGUUCAACACAGACCAACAUUUGAGCUCAGUCUGUCAUGUACUGCCUUGAUUUGGGAACAGUUUUCACAGUCAGUGCUGUUAUUUAAAGGGAUAGUUCACCCAAAAAUGAAAACUCUGUCAUUAAUUACUCACCCUCAUGUCGUUC